GAUUUUCAAUUGUUCAUAAAGUAAUAAAAUCUUAUUAAAUCGAUUUACUUUCAAAAUAUAUCAUUAAUUUUUCGAUCAAAUCAUGUUUUUAAUUUCAUGGAUUUUAUCUGCAUUUUGCAUUGCAACAGUAUUCAAUGCGCAUAUACACGAAAGCGACCCGAGUAGUUCGUCUAAAAAUAUAUGGGCUGUUCUCGUUGCUGGCUCUCACGGAUGGUUGCGAUAUCGACAUCAGUCCAACGUAUGUCAUGCUUACAAAAUACUGAGAGCAAAUGGCAUUCCAAAGCAUCGUAUUAUUACAUUUAUGUACGAUGAUAUUGCAUACAAUUCAAAAAAUCCCGAACCUGGUGUGCUUAGAAACGAACCAAAUGGUACUAAUGUAUAUGAAGGUGUACCAAUUGAUUACACUGGUGAAGAUGUUAGAAAAGAUGUAUUUUUGAAUGUUCUCCAAGGAUACAAGAUGAAAGUAAAAGGCAUUGGAAGUGGACGAGUGGUACUUAGCACGGAUAAAGAUAAUAUUUUAAUUUUCCAUACGGGCCUUGGUGGCGAGGAUGGAUUUGUUGAAUUCCCAAAUUCCGGUGAAGAUCGCAAUUUGCGCGCUGAAGAACUCGCAUCAGUUUUUAAACAUUUACACGACCGUAAUAGUUAUAAAAAUAUAUUGAUGUACUUAGAAUCGAGUCAUUCUGGUGCUAUGUUUGAUAACCAUACACUUCCUCAUAAUUUAAACAUUUUGGCAAUUAGCGCUGGUGGACCAGAUGAAGAUACAUAUGGUACAUUUUGUGAUACGGACAUAGAACCAUGUCUCGCCGGUCUAUUCUCAUAUGCUUGGAUGAAUUAUGCUGAAAACAAUCCUGAUGGAUUGAGGCAAAGUCAAAGCGUGUUCGAUCAUUUCGAUAAUGUCCGAGAUAUCGUAUCACACACGGGUAAAGAACACCCUCAACUCUACGGUGAUUGGAAUAUCGGAAAGUUACCAAUUAGUCAAUUCAUCGGUUACAAGAAUCGCAAUUCGUCGACUUUAAAAACGGAAAUAAAACUCAUCCGUGGCGCUUCCAAGCACGAUACAUUCAACAAAGACACGAUAAUUACAGAUGACGCGACUGCGGCAGACGAACAUGUACAUAUUGAGCAAAAGAAAAAUGUCAUGCAAACAAUAUUAAAUAAUCUUGUCCAGUUAGUCAUUCCAAACGAAUACAUUAGAAACACGAUUUUGAAACAAGAACCAAUCGAUAUUCACCGAAAUCAGUGUUUAGAAGAAUCGUUAUUAUUGUUUGACGCCAAAUGUACUAAUCUACAGAAGGAUGACAUUGUGAAAAAUCGUCAAGAAAAAUUCAACAUUUUAGCAAAGUUGUGCGAUGUUGGUGUCAUGAAUAUUCGACAGAUGACAGCAGCCGAAGCCAUAGAAAAAACAUGCGCUUGAUUGGUUUUAUUAUUUCUCAUGAUAAUAAACAUUAUUUCACUUAAUUUGAUUAUUACAAACGUUUGCUAUAGCAGUGACGCAAUAAAAUUAAAUUUUAAGCGGUAAAUCGACGGCCGUCAUUACAGCUAUAAUAUUGUUUUAAUGCGUCAAUAAUAAAACACGCGAAUAGUAAACUUUUUAUUUAUUCGAUGUAGUUAACUGUGCUCAUCGUUCUAAUAGUUUCUACCAAAAUUACUGUUUUUUCCCACCAUUUUUUCUCGCGACUAUGUGUAAAAAAAUAAAAUUAUAUACUUUAUUAUAUUAAUGGAAACGUGUACCUAUGUCGUAAUGUCGUUGUUAUUGAGUGAUACAGUCAUAUUAUUGAAAUUAGCUGUGUAUUUCAAAAGUGUAGCUAUUAUUUUUACGUAGAACGAAUAAUUGUUGUAAAUUAUUUAUAUUUUAGUUGUCUAAUUUAAUAUAAUAUUUAUAAUAUUAUUUUAACAAUCAACAUUUUUAAUGUCUACCUAACAUUUCUAUCGAUUGUACGAUUAAUAAACAAUAUUUAUAAUA